UACAAGAUCAUUUUGUUUAACAAUGAUUUUGUUAAGUUUUUCGAAUUUAUUUAAUAAAAUCGGAGCAUGCUGUUGAUAGAUGCUGUCAAUGCUUACUGAGCAUGCGCAGUGGCGCACUGCACUGAAACAGUAAUUGGCGGAAAAAUAUGAGAGUGUAUUUUCUUUAUUGACAAAACAGGUCCAUCUCUCUGAGAGAAAAGGUGACCAGCUGAAACCUCAGAAGCCUGUCAGAGGAAAUGGCUUCGUUCCCAACAAAGAGGAUUUUUCCUAUUGUUGAAAAUGCUUUUAAAGCAUCCAAGAAGCAUAAAAACAAGAAAGUGAAGAAAGAAAAAAAGGAUAAGAGCAAAACCAAGUGUGUGCCCAGCUUCUUGUUGCAUGAUGGCUGCUGUGAGACAGAUUUUACUCAAAAGCAAGAGACUAAGAAAAGAAAAAAGGCAAGGAAGAAAAACAAACACGAGGAAGACUUCCAGAAACCUAAAAUCAAAAAACAGCCCAACAAACCCGAAGAUACGCACCAACUUCAGCCCAUUAUCUUCAUCUCCCCUGAUCAGGAGACAAAACAACAACAUUCAACUGAGAACGAGAGUCAUCGAAGAGUGAAAGAGAUAGGGAAGAUUAAAAAGAGAGUCAUCUUCAACUUGCCAACUGAGAAAAACCAACCUGCAAGGAACUACAAUGAACAUGGAAAGAAGCAGAUUGUGGGCGAAAGCAGCUUGGAGUCCAGUACAGCUGAAGAAAUGAACAGCCAAGAUCUGUUUAUCACACAGAAAUCAUUCUUGGAUCCAUAUGUGGAGAUCUCCAGCAGCUCAAGCUGCAAUGAAGCCACUAUUGUGAAGGCACCAGAGAAGAGUUCAAGUAGGUCAACAGCUGAAGCGACCACUCAAACCGAGAACUUCUUUACCUUCCCAGCGCUCUCCAGCUCUCUCAGGUUUCAGCAGCAGAACACGGCCAUGUGCUCGGAGGAACCGGUGGACCUGAGCUUGCCGAACAGAACAAGACGAAUGCACAGGGCAAAACAUCCCGCAAAUCCACCCAAGCUGAAGAUAUCAGACACGUCGAGUGAAGAUGGUGAUGCGGGAUCCAAGAGCAAAGGUGAUCUGCUCCAGCUGAAAGUCGUCCAGACUCGCUUGAACGAGUCUUUCUUUUUUAAGGUGAAGGGCGAAGAUUCACCAAAGCCCAUGUGCCCUUUGAUGAAGUUCACGGAAAGCGUUGAGAAAAGAGGGAAGAAGUGA